AUUAGUAGGAGAUAAAUAGGCAAUAUCUCAUGCAACAGCUAGAGGCACCUUGGUUGAAAAACAAUGAUAUAAUUACCUCCAUCUCAUUGUUUCUCAACCAAGGUGCCCUCAGCUGUUACAAAACUACAACUCCCAGCAUGUCUUUGGCUGUGUGGGCAUGCUGGGAGUUGUAGUUUUGCAACAGCUGGAGGCCCUCUGUUUGGGAAACACUUUAAUAUCUAUUUAUCUGGCAUGUCUUUCUCAUAUCUAUCUAUCUCAUAUCUAUCAUCUAUCUAUCUUUCAUAUCUAUCUCUCAUAUCGGUGUGAAAACAUAUCUUGAUAUGGGAAAAUAAAACUGCACUUUAUUUGAAUCGGUGUGCUGCCUAAACCAACUUUGGAUAUCUACUAUACAGUCUGCGACUGUUCAUCUUGGCUUGCACCCAGCUACUGCCGUCCACCUCUGUUGUGCUGUGUUGUGUAGCUAUCUCUCAUAUCUAUCUCAUAUCUAUCUAUCCAUCUCUCAUAUCUAUCUAUCUCAUAUCUAUAUAUAUCUAUAUAUAUCUAUAUAUAUAUAUCUCAUAUCUAUCUCUCAUAUGUAUAUCUAUCUCAUAUCUACCUAUCAUUUCGAAAGUGGGGGAGGGGGGGACAGGCCUUGAGCCGUGUAAGGGGCCCUAUAAAUUCUGAUGGCAGCCCUGUCAAUAGUAUCCAUCUGGUUGGCCUAAUCUCCAGGAGUCAGCACUGUACCUGGCAGCUGCAGAAAGCUAGGUGUUUCUAUUAGAUCUUUCUGCCAGCCAAUAGGGAACAGUGUAGGGUAGAGCUUGAUAUGGCUGUUUACAUCGCCCCAAGUCUGCUUGGGUAUACUAUACAGCCAUGUCACUCCUGCACCACACAAGUUCAUGUCACCCUCUGUCCCAGGUGGGCUCCUGUGCCUACAAACCACACAAUGCAAAUGUACGAUGCUGAGGAGCUCCAUCCUCCACCGCAACAUGCAGCGCAAGCUAGGUGUGCAGCAUCCCCGGUCACCGCUUUAUUGGCGGGAAAUCUGAGCGCUCUGGUCACGGCUUAUUAACUCCUUGUGGUGAUAGGUCCCCUGUUUCCAGGUACAACAAAUGUCAUAGCCUCUCCCGCCAUCAGUAGGCUAAGCUGAGGUGACACCUCCGCCACACAGAGGGACCCGAAUAGCCGGCAUCUCGUGUCAGUAAUAGGUUUUGUGCUCCAGUACCGCCUCCCUCGUUAUGACGCUUAGGUAACUGCCUAAUGUGAACUGAUGGCAGCAGCGCCUACCCUUCUCUGGCACAUCCCGGGGGGAGGGGGAGGCGCGGGCUCAAACGUGCUCAUGUUGUCAAAUCCGUGUUCAGUGCUUGUCAAUCGGCUCGGAUUGUGGAGACGUGUCUGGCUCCUCCGGCCCCAGUGCGCAGCCGCCAGCCCCCGCCGGGUGACAUGCUCGUGGAUGUAGGAAGGGGAUUACCUCCUCAUUCUCGCUCUCUCCAGCUUUCUCACCUACUUGUGUCUCGUGUCUCCCGGUUCUCGCGCACACCGCCACUGCCCAGGGACUAGCACUCCUCCGACUGCUUGGCCAUCAGUCUAUGCCCACUUGAUUUCCCCGCCGCCAGUGCUAGGGGAUGGCCUCUGUGUAGUAAGUGCCAUUCGUUACUGCGAGUUCACGUCGGUUCACCCAUCACAAAUGCAGGGCGCUGUGUGAUCGGAUCUCCCCGUUGGUCACUUGGCAGCUCGGAUGAGCAGGAGGCAAGGACUUGGUGGGCUUUAUGAAUGGCACUGAUAUGGAGGAAAUACCGUUUCAGAAAGUCAAAACCAGAAGGAAGAAGUGCCGCUGCUCCCCCGCCCCCCCUCUGGAUGCCAUCGCAUGCGAGGACGAGUUCGACUGCAAGGAGCUGGAGUCUCUGUUCCAGAACUACAACCUGAAGCUGGAGCAGACCUCGACCUUGAAGGCUCUGGCGGUGCUGAUCAUCAUGACGGCCACCCUGGCCCUGGUGGAGCUGAUGUCCGGCCCCAGCCUCAGCAUCUCCAAGGGCUCGCACCCCGUGCACUGCAUCAUCUUCGUGUCCCUCUUCAUCGUCACCAAUGUCAAGUACCUGCAGGUAACGCAGCUGCAGCAGAUCGUCAAGCUCACCUUGCUCUUCAGCUUCACUUUCUCCUUCCUGUGCUGCCCCUUCUCCCUGGGAGCCUAUGGCUUGGAGCCCCCCACGUCUUCAGAUCAAGGAAUGUGGCAGCUGAUGCUGGUGACGUUCGUGUCUUAUGCCCUUCUGCCAGUGCGGACCCUGCUGGCCAUCGUCUUCGGCUUCAUGGUGUCCGUGUCUCACAUCAUAGUCACGGCCACGUCCGUCAGUGUCAAGAGGCACAAGCUCUGGAGAACGCUUGUGGCCAAUACUAUUCUUUUUGUCAGUGUAAAUUUGUCUGGGGUCUUCGUGCGGAUUUUGACAGAAAGGGCCCAGAGAAAGGCAUUCCUUCAGGCCAGAAACUGCAUAGAGGACAGACUACGGCUGGAAGAUGAAAAUGAAAAACAGGAGCGUCUUUUAAUGAGUCUUUUACCUAGAAAUGUUGCUAUGGAAAUGAAGGAAGAUUUUCUGAAGCCGCCUGAGAGGAUUUUCCAUAAGAUUUAUAUUCAAAGACAUGACAAUGUUAGCAUUUUGUUUGCAGAUAUUGUUGGCUUUACAAGUUUGGCAUCCCAGUGCACAGCUCAAGAAUUGGUCAAGCUGUUAAAUGAACUGUUUGGAAAAUUUGAUGAAUUGGCAACAGAAAACCACUGCAGAAGGAUAAAGAUUCUUGGCGAUUGUUAUUACUGUGUUUCUGGACUAACACAGCCUAAAACUGACCAUGCACAUUGCUGUGUUGAAAUGGGUUUGGAUAUGAUUGACACAAUUACAUUCAAGCCUCGCGUUCUGGACCUGAAUGUAUCUGUAGCAGAAGCGACUGAGGUGGAUCUCAAUAUGAGAGUAGGAUUACAUACUGGUCGUGUUCUAUGUGGUGUUCUGGGGCUUCGCAAAUGGCAGUAUGAUGUCUGGUCAAAUGAUGUUACGCUGGCCAAUGUUAUGGAAGCUGGUGGAUUGCCAGGGAAAGUUCAUAUAACAAGGACCACCUUAGAGUGCCUAAAUGGGGAUUAUGAAGUUGAACCUGGUUACGGUUAUGAAAGAAAUAGUUUUUUGAAAAAGCAUAACAUUGAAACGUUUUUCAUUGUGCCAUCACAUCGAAGAAAGAUAUUUCCCGGACUGAUUCUGUCUGACAUAAAGCCUGCCAAAAGGAUGAAAUUCAAGACUGUCUGCUAUCUCCUAGUUCAGCUCAUGCACUGUCGUAAGAUGUUCAAGGCGGAAAUCCCAUUUUCCAAUGUAAUGACUUGUGAAGAUGAUGAUAAGAGGAGAGCCUUGCGAACAGCCUCCGAAAAACUCAGGAACCGUUCUUCAUUUUCUACAAAUGUUGUACACAAUACUCCAGGAACCCGUGUGAAUCGCUACAUCAGUCGUUUAAUUGAAGCUCGACAAACUGAUUCUGAAAUGUCAGAUUUGAAUUUUAUAAGUUUGAAAUAUAAGCAAGCCGAACGUGAGCAGAAGUAUCACCAGCUUCAUGAUGAAUAUUUUACCAGUGCAGUCAUUCUUUCAUUAAUUUUAGCUGCCUUAUUUGGCCUUGUCUACCUUUUGAUAAUUCCGCAAAGCACUAUUGUCCUUGUCCUCCUGGUGCUCUGCAUAUGCUUCCUGGUGGCUUGUAUAAUGUAUCUACAUGUCACAAGAGUACAGUGCUUUCCAGGGUGCCUAACAAUACAAAUACGAACCAUUUUAUGUAUUUUCAUAGUAAUGUUAAUAUACUCUGUGGCGCAAGGAUGUGUGGUUGGAUGCAUGCCCUGGUCAUGGAGUGCAAAUUCCAGCAGCUCCAUUAUAAUUAUUUCUCCAAAUGGAGAAAACAAAACCAUGGAGGAACGCCCAUGUGACACAGCUCACUAUGCUUUUCUGUCAUGUGUGGUGGGCACUUUAACAUUGGCAAUUUUUUUACGUAUUUCUUCAUUGCCAAAAAUGAUUUUGCUUCUUUUUGUUACUGUUUUAUACAUAGUAAUUUUGGAACUCAGUGGAUACAGAAAAGCAUCAGGGCGGGGAUCAUUUUAUAUGAGAGGGUAUGAGCCUAUCCUAGCCCUUUUGCUGUUUUCCUGUGCUCUAGCACUUCAUUCUAGACAGGUGGACUUAAAAUUACGCUUGGACUACCUCUGGGCUGUGCAGGCAGAAGAGGAGAGAGAUGACAUGGAGAGAGUGAAAUUAGAUAACAAGAGAAUUCUCUUCAAUCUCCUGCCAGCACAUGUUGCACAGCAUUUUCUCAUGUCUAAUCCAAGAAAUAUGGAUCUUUAUUACCAGUCUUAUUCACAAGUUGGUGUUAUGUUUGCCUCCAUUCCUAAUUUUAAUGAUUUUUACAUUGAACUUGAUGGCAAUAAUAUGGGAGUGGAAUGUUUACGACUAUUAAAUGAAAUAAUUGCUGACUUUGAUGAGCUUAUGGAAAAGGAAUGUUACAGAGACAUCGAAAAAAUCAAAACAAUUGGAAGUACGUAUAUGGGAGCUGUCGGGCUGGUUCCAACAACAGGAACGAAGGCAAAAAAAUCGAUUUAUUCUCAUCUAAGCACACUUGCAGAUUUUUCCAUUGAGAUGUUUGAUGUCCUUGAUGAGAUCAACUAUCAGUCUUAUAAUGACUUUGUUCUGAGAGUGGGUAUCAAUGUUGGGCCUGUAGUUGCAGGAGUUAUUGGUGCCCGGCGUCCUCAAUAUGAUAUUUGGGGAAAUACAGUAAAUGUUGCAAGUAGAAUGGACAGCACAGGUGUACAAGGGAAAAUUCAGGUAGUACAUACAACUGAUAUUAUGUGACAGAAAUGCAAGAUUAAGGAGAAUUUCCUUAAAGAAAAAAUAGCAGAAUUCCCUAUUCAGUUGUUUAAGCCAUUUAUUUGCAAAAGGUAAAGUCCAGUCAGAAUAAUUUAGUUUGUUGUUACCACUUAAAAAAAAUGACAAAGGAUAAAGCUUUUCUUUUUGUUGCAAAAUAGGGCAACAAAACUGAAUAGAGAAAAGCAUGUAUCUUUGUUAGCAAAGCAUAAUUACCAAAAUAUAAAUACUGAUUUACAUUCUACAUUUUCUUAUAUGUGGCAAUUGUUUUACAAUUUUGGAUGGAAAUCAUCUGUAAAGGGGUAAUCCAGUGGAAAACUAAUUUUUUUUCUAAAUCAACUGGUGCCAGAAAGUUAAACAGAUUUGUAAAUUAUGUAAAACAGAGAGGACUGUGGUCAGACAGAAAAUAAAUUAAAAAGAAAAGAACAUCCUCUGGAGCAUACAGCAGCUGAUAAGUAAUGGAAGAAUUAAAAUUUUUAAAUAGACAUAAUUUGCAAAUCUGUUUAACUUUCCGGCAUCAGUUGAUUUAAAAAAUUUCUGGAGUACCCCUUUAAAGGAGCCUCUCUUUUGCUUAUGUAGUGUAUCAUUAAAUAAUAAGGUAGAGCUUCUUGUGUAUGGUUUUUGCUUGCCUGUUUAAGCUAAUGUGACUCGUGGGCAUGGGUUUUGAGCCAUAUUGGUUUUUGUUUCAGAGCAAAAAAAGACUUUCUCAUUCUGCCCACAUUUUCAUUGAAUCCUCUGGCUUUGCAGAUAGAUGAUGUUGAGUUUAUUUAUUGCAAUUCACCUAACAAGACCAUUGUAGUCACCUAGCUAGACUCCUGAACAGCUGAGACUCCUAAGUGGGUUGGUGUCAGUUCACAUUAAAUAUGUUUUCUUAUUUAAAGUGUUUUUUUUUAUUUCAGAAAAAUUUUUGCUAUCAGGCAGUGGUUUGUGGAAGUGAUUUGAUGUAUAAUUAGAAUUGAGGUGUUUUAUGUAGAUUUGAAGUCUACAGACUCUUAACAUUUUACAUUAUUACCACAUUUUUUGUUUUUGCCGCAUUUUGACCACAUUUUUGUGAUUUCACAAAAUUGUAACAAUUACACCUUUUAUAACAAUUUAGUCAACUGCAGUGAAUAGCAUCAUUUUUUGUCGCAAGACAAUCAAGGCACAAACCCGGCAAAAUGCAAAGUGUGAACACUGCUUCAGGGGAAGUAUAUAACUAUCAUAAAUCAUGAUCCAGUGGAAAUAGCUGUAGCAUUAUAGAGAUAUAGCUGGAAGAGGUCUAGAGUUAUCAGAAGCAGUCUGACCUGUAGUUCACAGGAAGUCAGCUGACCCAGGAAAGACUAUUUACUCUGACACAUUAAGCACUGUGAUUUUCUGUGGGUCAUAAUAACGAUCACAGGACAAAGUUACAGUAAUUCAAAAAGAAAUCGAGCUAUUGUUCGAAUUUCAAGGCUUUGACUGAAAACUAGUGGAAAACAAUACUGUAAGUAUAUAACCUAUAUACAAUAUAACAUCUGGAAACAGAUUGGUUGCUCCUUAAAAUGUGAAAUGUCUUGCUUUGCACUAGUUUUUUCACAAAACAAUAUAUUUAGAUUGGGCAUGUAAACUGUGUUUGUAAAUACAUUGCUAUUUAGCCGGCAAAAUAUCCAUAAUUUAUGGCAGGUUAUUUGGCAGUGUAAGACUAUCUUAAAACACAAUACUUUUUGUGCCUCAAAGUAAUGGUUGUUUUUCAGGCUCAAAAAUCUAUUUUUUUAAAGGGGUAUGCUUUCACGCCCCCUCCCAUAGACAUAAAUGGAGGGGGUGGGGAAUGAUGUCACUAGGGGGUGUGGCCGUGAGUCACAUGCUUGUCUCGGAGGCAGUGCCAGGCAAAGAAUGCCAGAGGCUGCACCAAGAUCGCAGGAGUCCCUAGUGGCCGGUCCCCUGCGAUCAUACAUAGCUGUAUUUGUAGCUAAUUUUUUUUUAACCAAAAUACAUAUUUUGGCACGAAAACCGCCCAGACAAAGGUUCCGAUACUUAUGUGUGCACAAACAGAUGUUUUUUUUUUUUCCAGUAGAGUUCAGUAGCAAAAAUGCAUACCAAUUAAUGGCUCAAAAUUAGGGCAAUGUUUGCACAAUUUUAUGGCCUAGUUUAUUUUGUGGAAUCAUAGCCUAACGGUAUGUUCACACUGUAGAAUGUUUAUGUGGAAUUCUGCACAGACAUUCCACUGCAGCAGAGUCCCACUGAUUUCAAUGGAAUUCUGCGGCACUGUGCACACGGUGGAAUUAUUCUUAUAGUGCCCUUGGGCUUGUAGUGAAUGUGGACUAGCAAGUAGAGAUGAUAAUUCAUUGCUUGUUAAUGUCACUUGAAUAUUAUAGGAAAUUGUGUGGCAGUGGUCAUACACACUGCUCUUAUGAAAUAUUGGGUUCAAUUUCCUUUCUUAUCUGCAUUUGUGCUUACUAAGGAUGCACAUAUACUGGUAAGAGUGCCAAUACUGGCACAAGUACUUGCACAAUAUUUGCACAAGUACUUGCUUGCACUUGUGCUACCGCAACUUUGAAAUGAAUGGGUAUAGGCAGCGACGCCACUCUUCAUUAUCACCUGCAUCAAAGCAGAGGCAAAAGGAGGUGGCUGGCUGCUGCUGCUCUGCAAGGGAUAGGAGGUAUGUAUAUGUGUGUGUGUGUGUGUGUAUAUAUAUAUAUAUAUAUAUAUAUAUAUAUAUAUAUAUAUAUAUAUAUAUAUACACACAUAUACACACACCUUAGUUUAGCAGGCAGGUUAGAAGAUGGACAUAUAUGUCCAUAAGAAAGCAUGUCAACUAUACAGAGGCUAAUUUUUUUAGAUAAUUUCCAUUGAUCACAAGCAAAAAUCUAUAGUACAGGAUGGGCCAUUUAUAUGGAUACACUUUAAUAAAAUGGGAAUUUUAAACAUUUUGAAUUUUGAACAUUUUGAAAUUGGCCAUUUUGAAUCCAACUUUUGUUUUUUCAGUAGGAAGAGGAUCAUGUGA